AGAGAGAGGGAGGCAAAGAGAGAGAGAAAUAGAGAUAGAGGGAAGGGGGAGGUAAAGUGGAUUACACGCUGACCGUCAGCAGCAGCAGCGGGAGGACCACAUACAGACACCCCGCAGCUCCCGGUGCCUUCAGUCCGACCUCUGUGCAGCUGGCGUGGGGGAGAACAGGGAGAGAAGCCCCGCUGAACAAAGUUCGAUCUGCCCUCAGCCCACCACACUGUGACCCCCCGUGGUGACCAUGAUGGCCGGCGAUAUGAUGCUACUGAUGCGCGGCUUGGCGAAGCUAAGCCAGGCGGUUGUGGAGACGCAGGCCAAUACCAUGCGCAGUGGGACAGGAAUCUCAGGUGUUGGUGCUGCAGUGCAGAGUGUCCAGUCGGCUGCAGAGCAAGGCCUCUCUGUGGCCAUGAUGAAAAUGCAGGAGAUGUCCGGCCAGCAGCAAAUGUCUUAUUCCGAGUCGGAGUUUGACUUCCCUCAGGAUGACGGCACGUUCGCAGCUUCAGAGUUCAGCGAGGAGGGCGGGGCCUUCACGGAGAGUAGCUCUGACACGGCAGCUCAUCCCAAUGAGGCCGUGGGGGGGAGCCAUGUCAGCGGGAAGCGGUCUCUGUUCGACGGCUACAAAGAUCCAAGCAAACAGUUCAGUGGCGACACCAGGUCUUACCACCAAGAUGCCAGACAUUACAUCGGGCAGCAUCAUCUCUACCAUCACAGUGUGAAUAGGCACAUGUGGUCACAGCUAUACUGUCAGCAUCAGGGCACGCAGACCAGAAGCUAUCACCAGGACCCGUCUACAGUCGGAGGUCUGACGGCCGAGGACAUUGAGAAAGCCCGGCAGAGCAAGAGGGCGGAGAUCAAACCACACAAGCAGAUGUUGAGUGAGCGAGCCAGAGAGAGGAAAGUGCCUGUGACUCGGCUCAGCAGACUCGCCAACUUUGGAGGUCUGGCUGUAGGGUUGGGUAUUGGAGCUCUGGCAGAAGUUGCCAAGAAGACCAUGAGACACAGUGGUAUAGUAGGUGAAAAUAAGAAAGCCGUUCUGGACUCCAGCCCCUUCCUGUCCGAGGCGAACGCCGAGCGCAUCGUCAGGACCCUCUGCAAAGUCCGAGGAGCCGCACUCAAACUGGGACAGAUGCUCAGCAUUCAAGACGAUGCAUUCAUCAAUCCUCAGCUCGCCAAGAUCUUCGAGCGUGUCAGACAGAGUGCUGACUUCAUGCCCAUCAAACAAAUGACUAAAGCAUUGAACACUGACUUGGGUCCAAACUGGAGAGACAAACUGGAGUCGUUUGAGGAGCGUCCGUUUGCCGCAGCGUCCAUCGGACAAGUUCACUUGGCGAGGAUGAAGGAUGGCAGGGAAGUAGCCAUGAAAAUACAGUACCCCGGUGUGGCUCAGAGUAUCAACAGUGACGUCAACAACCUGAUGACGGUGCUGAGCAUGAGCAAUGCUCUGCCUGACGGUUUGUUUCCAGAGCAUCUGAUCGACGUCAUGAGGAAAGAGUUGGCGCUGGAGUGCGACUAUGUUAGAGAAGCUCAGUGUGCAAAGAAAUUCAGUGUGCUGCUGAAGGACCAUCCAUUCUUCUAUGUGCCAGAGGUGAUAGACGAGCUGAGCAACAAACUGGUCCUGACCACGGAGCUCUGCUCUGGGUUUCCUCUGGACCAGGCCGAGAGCCUCUCACAGGAGCUGAAAAACGAGAUCUGUGAGAACAUCUUGACAUUGUGCCUCCGAGAGUUGUUUGAGUUCAGAUUCAUGCAGACCGACCCAAACUGGUCCAACUUCUUCUACGAUCCAAACACACACAAGGUGGCGCUGUUGGACUUCGGUGCCACUAGAGGAUUUGACCUGGCUUUCACCGACCUCUACAUAGAGGUAAUCCGUUCAGCUGCCGAGGGCGACAGUGAGGGAGUUCUGAAGAAAUCUAUCGAGAUGAAGUUCCUAACUGGUUACGAGUCCAAGGCGAUGAUCAACGCCCACGUGGAUGCCGUGAUGAUCCUCGGCGAGGCCUUCGCCUCCACGGAGCCCUUCGACUUCAGCGCUCAGUCCACCACGGAGAGAAUCCACAACCUGAUCCCCGUGAUGCUCAAACACCGGCUCACCCCGCCCCCGGAGGAAACGUACUCGCUCCACCGCAAGAUGGGCGGCUCCUUCCUCAUCUGCUCGCGGCUGAACGCCAAGCUGCAGUGUAAUGAGAUGUUCCAAGCGGCGUGUAAGAAGUACUGGGAAGGCCGCACACCGCCCCCUCGCUCAGCGUAAGCCAGUUUCAAGCAUCAAGUGCUUUGAUUGACAGUUCCUGGGGCCAACGGUUCAGUGACCGUCGGGUUGUGAAGAUGCAGACGUGCAGAGCGGAGGCCGUGUUUCCUGACCUUAACUGGUCACUGAGCACUUAUAUUUCCCACUUUGGGCAUCCCACUACAAUGAGGCUUUGGGAGGCACUUCUACCUAUUUCCCGCCGCCACUUCUGAAAGGGAAAGGCUGCAGCAACCUGGCGUCUGAGAUGUUGAGCUCUUGGCUACAUCCGGCCCUGAGAGGACAGACUGAGGAAAGGCUAAGAAGAGGGAACGGUCCUGUUCAGGUGUAAAAUGAAUGUUUGAAAUGUCUCUCCUCUUUCAAGAUGAUUCUUCUUUUGUUUUGAUUUUUUUUUGCGUUGCUGUGCUUUGUUGAACUUCCGGAGAAUCACCAGUGUCCAGAAAUGUCAUGAGUGGAAACAUUGAUUGUGUCAACGUAGGGGACUAAAGGUUUUACUCUGAGGUCACAAGAAGAUAACAGGGUGAAUUCAGUAUCCGGGCUGUAUGAGUCACUGUGUCGACCAGGACCAACUUGACUGGCUCACAAAGGUUUUUGCAUCUAAUUGUUUUUCUGGGAGGUUCGACUAGUUUGUUUGGUUUGAACAAUUUAGGCUCGAUCUAAAUUUAGACCACAUAUUUAAUGCAGGAGCUGUGACAUGAAACCAAAUAGUUUAGAAUCAGACUCAGUGUUAAAGUUCAGAAGCCAAGCGAGUUCAGGUUUAUUUAGCCAGUUACAGGAGAUGUGACAUACUCUAAUUUGUCGGCAUUUAAACUCAGAGAGGUGUGAGAUUUCACUUGUGUAUAGUUUGUGUAGUACAGUUUCUUCUGUAUCAUCGUAGCCACAUUACUGAAUCAUGUCUUUGAUCUAAAUCUGUUGCUGUUUUUAGCUUUUAUUCUCUGAGGGGAAAACCCUUCGGGGCAAUGAAACUGAUCCGUGCAUUUUAACAAACUUCAUGAUUUUACUCUGUGUGUGUCUCGGGAUGAGAAUGUGCAGAGCUCCUGCUCAAGAUGUUUGUCCUUUUAGGGAAUCAAGGUGCCUGCAAUUUCCGGCGGAUGUUUGUUUUGUUUCUUUUGCUCGAAAUCUCUACUUUAUAUUUCAUAUCAAGGAUGGUUCAAAUUUUCUAAUCAAAAAAAAGAAUUCUUAACUGAAAGAUGUGAUGGGAGAUAUUCCAAUGAAAAAAAGAGUAAAGGUUUGAUCUGCUCCGGUCAA